AUGGCCAAGUUGACCGAUUUACCAGCCGAACUGGUCCACCGAAUAAUCGGGUACAUCUUGCAACCGAAAAACGAUCCGAUCUAUAUAGCGGCUCGCGAGGCAUGGGAUGGCCGGCUCAUCGAUCCUGAUGACCAUCAUCUGCUCGACCACAACGGGAUCACAGGGAUCAAACCCAAGCUACGACCGCAUCACGAGUUACAGGCUCGCGCGCUUAAUCCUCCCCGGACAGCCGCUCAGCGCAACCAGCAAGCUACUCCAGCAGCGUCACGAUCGCAUGUCUCAUGGCCCCAUGGUCUUCCUUCGAAUCCGUUGUUGCCCCUGUCGUUGGUCUGCCGCACCUUCCAAAAAUCCGCCCAAGAGAGACUCUUCAGAAACGUGCCUUUGUUGAGCCAACGCAAGGCGCGCUUGUUCCUCCAGACGCUCGCUAGUCCAGAUGAUCAAUCGGCUCAUAUUUCGGGUGGUGCGGACAUCGAUGGUCCAGACGCGCAGGCCGAUGGCCAAGAGGACGAGGCCGAGAAGCCCCGAUCAUCUCGAAUCGAUCGUCCUCGUCUGAGCAGACUCGCCCAGCAUGUCCGCACUCUACAGCUGAUGUGUGUCGGGCCCUGUUUAAUGGGCGGCGGCGGGCUGUUGUGUGAGAUCAUCGAGAGCUGUCCUUUGCUCGAAAACGUCGCGAUCAGCACAACCUUCUCGAUCGACUGUCGGGAGCCUCUCCUGGAUGCGCUUGCGAGUCGCCGACAGAUCAAGGAGUUUGUGGUCAUCGACAGCAACUACAACUACGGCGGCGGCCGCUCGAGCUUUCGGUGGAGCCUGGCCGACUUGAUGUGUCGAUUGUUGCCACACUGGGACUUGUUGGAGACGCUCGACGUUGUCGAGCUCGUCGGGGGCUGUUUGGAGACCAACAGUCGGCCGGGCUCGGUCCAACAGCCGAUCCCGAUCCUCAAUUGUCCGCUCCGGACGCUGAUCUUACACCAGCCUGAGAUCGACGAGAAGGAGCUCUCGAUGCUCCUCAAGAGCUUCCGGGAGAGCCUGCGGACCCUCGAGAUCAUCGGGCCUGCUUACAGGAUCGGCCGGGCUGCAAUCAACCGGGUCCUGAAGGAAUCCACGAGCCCACUGCUGGAAUGCUUGUCCCUCGACUGGUCCCACUACGAGCAGCCGAUCGAACCUCUCCUGGACGGCGUCGAGUCGGACGACCCUGACACCUCCCCCGGCCUCCUCGAUCUCCUCUUCAAGUCCCCCACCACCCUCAGGAACCUCAAAUCAUUGUCCUUCGUCGGCUCCGUCGCUACCCAUCGCUUGUUCGAACGCUUGCCCGAUUCUCUCGUCAAACUCGCGUGGGAAAAUUGCGAGAUUUGUCCAUCACAGUUCGUCAGGAUCCUCUCAAGCACAAGGAAAAAUAAUAUGAAAGUCUUGCCUAAUCUUGGGGGUUGCUCUGUCCGAAGUCGUUAUGGAUGUCAGUUUAUUUCCCCCUCUCUCUCUUCGACAAUACGAAAUACCACCAACGAAAGAGUUUGGGACCAAGACUCGGAGGAGGCGGUGCAAAGCGCGAUAGAGGCGCGAGGGGCGUGUUUCCACAUGGCUCUAGACCCGGACUAUGGGGAGCCUACGUCGGAGGAUGAGCGGUUGGAGGCGGCGGAGGAGUUGGACCCUUACUUCAUGGAUCCCUCGGUCUCGAUCGACCAGAUGUACGACGAAAUCAACGAGGCAUUCGAUCUGGGCUUACUCUGAUCUAUUCCCCCCUCCCCUGAUGACUCCUGGCUCGUGUACCAUCCCAGCGGCCUACAGCAACAGUUCGGUUGGUGCCUUAAUUGAAGCUUCGUUCCCAAAAAUCAAUUCAAAAUACCGCCUCAAAUGUGAUCAUCAUCCUCCCUAUUUGACUCAAAACGCGACACUUAAAACUCUCAACCACUGCCAAGAUUUCACCUUAUCGAUCUUGCCCGAACGCUUGUAUUCAAAUCCAACCCGCUUUUUCUAGGCCAUUUAUAAUCCCGAAAUUCCCAGCAGCAGC